AUGUCUGCAUUCUGCCUCGACCUGAACUCGUCUGGCGCGGGUUCAGCACCACUAGAGCUGGACAGCGACUCCGCGGAGCCGGCAGCUCGUGAGCCCGGAGGCUGCCUGCGCCACGCCGGUGUCGGCUCCGGAGGCCUCGGCGUGGCGUUGGAAGAGGAACUGGCCAUGCUCAGCGAGGAGCAGGAUGAAGCGGGAGAGCUCUCGGUGGAAGCGAACGCCGACUUGCUGUCUCUCUUCCGACAAAAGGAAAAGGAUUUGGUUUUAGCUGCCAAACUCGGCAAAGCUUUACUGGAGAGAAACCAAGAUUUGACGAAGCAAUAUGAGAAAAUGCACAAAGACCUCAACGACAAAUUAGAGCACUUGGAGCAAGAGAAGCAUGAAUUGCGUUGGCGUCUGGAAAAUCGAGAGGGGGAGUGGGAGGGCCGCGUGGCCGAGCUGGAGACUGAUGUCCAGCAGCUGCAGGGAGAACUGGAGCAACACCAGGUCCAGCUAAGAGAGGCUGACAGGGACAAAACCAAGGCCAUCAGUGAGCUAUCCGAACAAAACCAUCGAUUGCUGGAACAACUUCGAAGGGCUGCAGAGGUGGAGAGGCAGCUAUCCACUCAGGUCCAUUCGUUACGGGACGACUUCAGGGAGAAGAGUACGUCUACAAGCCAGCACAUGACAAGAUUAGAGACGCUACAAGCUGAACAAGUACUUGAAAUUAAGAUGCUGUCGGAGAGGAAGAUGGAGCUUGAACGGCGGGUGCAUGUCAUGCUGGAGGAGAAUGAAGUGCUCAAGAAUACAGUCGAAGACCUCAGAGAUAGGACGCUGGUAUUGGAGAAGCAGUGUCACGAAAAGGACCUUCAGUUGCGUCAGAAUCAAGUGGAGCUUCAGGAAGUCCAGUUGUCCCACAGGCAGCUAACGGCACGCCUAGAGGAGCUAACGGAGGAAACCAGCCUGCAUUGCCUCACCCCUCAUCAAUCCAGCCUGAUGUGUGAGAUCGAGCAAAGCAUGGAGCAAGAGGAGCAGGAGCAGGAGAGAGAGCAAUUGCGUCUUCAACUGUGGGAAGCCUACUGUGAGGUGCGCUCACUGUGCUCUCAUCUGCGAGGGAAUGACGUCACGGAUUCCGCGCUAUCCACAGACUCUUCCAUGGACGAGUCCUCAGAGACGUCUUCUGCCAAGGAUGUGCCAACUGGGAGCCUACAUGCUAGCAUGUUAGAACUACGCAGGCUAACACAGAACCUGCUCGAUGGCAACGAGUCAACGGGUUCUCGUCGCAGUGACGAAGAAGCUCUGGAGGAACAAGUGAAGAAGCUGGGAGAAGAGCUGAGAGAAAUCAGGGAAUUGUAUGAAGCAGAGCAGGACAAGACACACAACAGUAAAGAAGAGUUGCUACAGCUACACAAUCAGAUGGCGCUACUCUCAGUAGAAAUGUGUUCCCUCCAAGAGGAGUCAGAAAGGAUGAGGAACAUGGCGGCUGUCCGAGAGCCUAGCGAACAGCUUCAGAGUGCCAUUAAAGACAGAGACGACGCCAUAGCCAAGAAGAAGGCAGUGGAGAUGGAGCUGGCCAAGUGUAAAAUAGACAUCAUGUCUCUAAAUAGUCAGCUACUGGAUGCCAUCCAGCAGAAGCUCAACCUGUCACAGCAGCUGGAGGCUUGGCAGGAUGACAUGCAUCGAGUGAUUGACCAGCAGUUAAUGGACAAGCACCAGGACGAGUGGCGGUCCAGCUCCUCCUCCACUUCCAGGUUGUCGAGAGCUCCCGGCCCUCAGUCGUCCAGACGAGCUCUCCGCCUCUCGGACCGGGACCGAAAACUAUUCUCAUUUUUUAAAAAGAACUGA